UUCUUCGACUCCAUUCACCUCCAUUCACACAGUAAAUAAAAGCAUGGAGGCUCUGACUCUCGGGAUCUAAUACCGAACAGCGGGGGGUAAGACACUGCCGCAUGCGCUCUCCCUUUCACCAAAACACACAGGAAGGAAGCAGGAAAGCGACGAACGCUUUGCCACUUGGAUUUAACCUGUUUUCCGUGGAAGAGAGGACUGUAGUCGGACACAGGAGCGGGGCAGCCCGCCGCGCUGAGCAUGAAGCGGGCGGCUGUAGUGGCCAGGCACAAUGGCCUCGUCUCUCCGCUGGGGAACAACAACUCCUCGAGCAUCGUCUCCCCGCAUCAGCAGAGAGCCGCUAAUAUCUCCGCUUCUGCCGACAGUUGUGCCGGCGUUGGGAUGGACGGCCUGCUGGAUUUCUCCAAAGGCCCCACCGUGAAAACGGAGCUGGUGUGUAAAUGGAUUGACCGAACUUCUUCGAGACAGAGGCUGGGGCGGACGGCGACAUCCGUCUGCGAGCAAACUUUCAGCUCCAUGCACGAGCUGGUGGACCACGUCACCACCGAGCAUGUAGCAGCAGGGCUCGAGACCCUCAGUCAUGUCUGCAUGUGGGACGAGUGUCUGCGCGGCGGGAAGGCGUUCAAAGCCAAAUACAAACUCAUCAACCACAUUCGCGUGCACACCGGGGAGAAGCCUUUUUCAUGCGCAUUUCCCAACUGCGGCAAGAUGUUCGCACGCUCAGAGAACCUCAAGAUCCACACGCGCACGCACACUGGUGAGAAGCCAUUCCAGUGUGAGUUUUGCGAGCGACGAUUCGCCAACAGCAGCGACAGGAAGAAGCACUCCCAGGUCCACACGGCCUCCAAGCCCUACGACUGCAAGGCCCUGGGCUGCACCAAGUCCUACACCCACCCCAGCUCCCUGCGCAAACACAUGAAGGUCCACGUCAAGUCGUCCCCUACCUCUGACCCCCAGGACAUGUACGACUCCAUCUCUCAUCACCUCCAACAACCUCAUCAGGCUCUCCUGGAGCCCCUCGACCUUAAAAUCAACCGCCACUCCCCCUCCCAUGCCAAUUUUCACACUCAUUUCCCUCUUGUGGCCAAACACGAGUUGGAUCUCAGCCCUGCCAGCGACGUUGACAGUAAGCUGCUGCUGCGGAGCUCGUCUCCCAUGGCGAUGCCUCUGGAUCUGUCUCUGUCGGGCCUGAAGAGUCAGCUGGCCCAGAGGCAGCAGAGUGGGAGGACCCCCCGCAGGAGCCAGCGCUCCGUGAACCCCGCCUUACCUCAGCUUUCUAACAUUAAGGAGUGGUACGUGUGUACCAGGAGUUCAGUACCUCACUUCCCUCUACUCCACCCUGACCACAUCAAAUCAGAACCUAUUGAUGACGAGGAGUAUGUCACGUAGGGUAGAGGGGCCGGUGAGUUUGGACUUGAAGAACAUGUACUGUCAGGCCCAGGUCAGGCCAGAGGAAGCUCUGUGGGAUCAAAGGUUCUGUACAUUUCAGGACCAGCAGCUGUAUGGUUCAACAUGAGGGCCCAGAGUAAGCUGUGAUCAGAGGGAGUACUUUUUAACUGUCUCUAAAACAAAACUCAGCUCGGCCAUCAUCACUAUCUGUGGACCAAAAUCAAUGGCGGCUCUAAUGUUGCCAGAAGGGACAAGAGUAAAUCCAUCGUCAUGGUUAUCAAACUAAAUUUUCGACAAAAACUGCGAGUUGUCCAUCAGUGUUAGCUAGCUAACCUGAACUAACUAAAUGGGAGGACUGUGUACAAAUGGACCAGGGGACGCUGGGUACUACUCUGCUGGCUGUUGAAGGAUAGGUGUGUGUACAUGAUGAGGGAGACAGAUCAUUGACCAAUUUAUCUGAGAGCUUCACCUGGAUAAAUAACUGUCAAGGGCUACAUCGACACUGAUGGAAAGCGCUUAUUGUUAGCUUACGAUAGCUCUGUACACAUGGUAACACAGCAGGUCCCAAACAGCAGGCUUACAGGGUGGAGCUGAGUGUUAGGCAUCAGUGUGUUUGGAACAAACUAGUCCGUCAGAUAGUUACACAAAUUGAUGAAAGCAGCUUUUAUCUUCUGUCAGAAACAGGUUUCAUAUGCUAUUGUGUGAUCCAGAAAGCUCUUUGUUUGAAGCAAACAGGCCUUAACUUACCAAACAUUGGUAAUAACAAAAGUAUUUCAUGUGAUGACUAACCCGACCCAGUAGCCAGCAGCAGUGAAGCUGCAGCUUGAAGACAAUAGAAGUGAACCUCAGUGGACCACUCUGUUGGUUAGGCCCCUGCCCUGUUUACACUCCAUGUACCAUUUAGUCAAGACCCCAAGGUUUGCAAAAUUACCAUGUACACAUAUUCCUUUAACAUGUGUCUUAAGUGAAAAACAUGUAGUAUUUCCCUGUGAUGCAGCCAUAAAAGGUGGAUCUUGGGUUUGAAAGCAGAGCAUCAAUGAAUCUGGGAACCAAGCAGAAUGUAAUGUAUGAGACUGUGGUACAGCUUGGGAAAAAAACGUCAUCCAUUUGAAGCAACUGCAUUAAGAUCACUUUAAAUGGUUGAUAAGUGACUUUUACUAAUGUACAUUAUCCAUCCACUAGUAAGUCAUUUCAGGCUGGAUUUGGACCUGGGAUAGGAGAGCUACCUGACACAGAUAGUUUAAGUUAGUUUGGAAAAAUGUUUUUAACGUUCAUCUUUGGCUUCUAUUCCAAGUCAGUUUGGAUAACGUUGGGGUUUGUUUAAAUCCUUAUACUCACCCUUUUCCCAAGUUAGUAACUUGAUGUGUACAUUAUUAUUACUGAUAGGACUGAUGGACAAAACUGCAAAUAACACCCAAGUUGAAUAAAACAGAAUUUCCCUUUAAACAAUUUAAAUGAUUUGAGAAUGUAAUUUUCAGUUUGACUACUGACAAAACUAUUGAGCUAAUCAGAAAUGCACGACAGAAUUGUGUAAUUGAAGUUUCAGCAAUAAUCUGUAGAUAUGAGCAACCAACUACCCAGUUAGGGCGUUAUUCACAUGAUCUUCAGAGUGGUUUGCACCGUUACCUCACAGGCAGGACUUCUUGGAUCUGAGUGGAGUGUUCUCCCACAAUCCACACACACAAGUCAAAUUCAUUUGAAACUCUGAAUUACCUGAAGAUUUAGUUGGAAAUGAAGGUGAUAUGAAAUUACUACUGCCUCUUCCGUUGUGAUUAUUAACAAGGCUCGUCAGAUUUGAAGAGAACAAAGGCUAAAGUUACGUUUUAGGUCAAGAGAUUAACAUGGAAUGCCAUUUUAAUACAUAACAUAAACUCAGUUCAGUCUAACCCGCCCUUCACUGCUUCCUUGUUCCCUUGAGGAAUCACUGCAGCUCAGGGGUCAUGCAAGGUGACAGGAAGCAGGACAAAGCAGCUGGAUUUUGAACCUGGGUGUCCAGAAUUAAAUUGAUUCCAUGUACACAAUCAAAUUAUCAUUUGAUUUCCCAUUCUGCAUAGUACUCCAUUUACCCUAAUCUGCAUGUCAGUACACUGUGGGAGGAAGUUGGAUACAAAGCCACACUGAUGGGAGAACACGCAAACUCCUAACAGAACCUGACGCUGUGAGUGCUAACCACUGCACCUCUGGAAAUAUUACUUCUGACAAUGACAAAAGCCCACUUACUGGCUCAGAUUUAAUCUAUGACCAUGAGAUGUUCUGAAAAAAGCUAUUAAUGGCCCAGGGAAUAAGAUGUGUUCACCACUAGCUGAACUUCUGAGGUGAUGUUUGUGCUCACGAGACAAAUGCUUUCUUCUAACCACAAGCCAACUAAAUAAAUCCUGGUGCUAAGUCUAAUUAUUAAUUGACUUCAGGGAUGAAUCUGAAAUCUACUGCCCAACAAGCUAAUUGUAAGUUAGCAUAGGCCAGUACCCAUAUAAGGACCCAUCUCCACUCUGCUAACAGUACUGAUGCAGGCAGAGAGAGUCAGCAGUGAGUCACAGAAACGAGCAGUCAAGAGAUACAAGACGAGUAUAAUGGAUUCGAGGACUCUGUCACAAACAAACUGAACGUGUAGUACAUAAGUUAACAAGUAUAUUUAUUUGUCUGUUUUUUUAAAUUAUUAUUAAACGUUGCCUGCGUUACUGGUUGGAGGCACUAGCAAGUUUCUGGUUACUUACUAACGGUGAGUAAAGUUGCAUUUUUCAUGCUGGCCCACUGGUUUACAGCAAGAGUCACAGUCCUCACAAAGCAAUACAAAAAAAUCUAUAAUGACUUUCUCAUUGAGUUGUUUUUCUCAUGCACAUGAAAAAAUGUAAUUUGUUAAAUAAAACAUUUAAAUCUUGAUA